GUGGUUUUUGCCGCGACAGGUGACCGCCAUGGCAGCAACAAAGAAGCUCUCAUCUCUAUUCCCUUUGUUUUCUCUCCUCUGCUUCAUCUCCAUCUUCUUCCUUCUCUCACUCUCCAGAAGAGCAUCCAUUUCCUCACCUCUAAAACAAUCCCGAGUCUUCCAAAUUGCCAGCAACGGUAGCUAUGGUGUUAACAAUGUUGGUUCAGGCUCUGGAUGCGACUACUCCGACGGGUCGUGGAUCUACGACCCAGAUGCCAGAUUCGAGAGGUACGAUAGCAGCUGCAAGGAGAUAUUCAAAGGAUGGAACUGUGGAUUGAACAACAAAUCCAACGCUAAAGAGAUCGUCAAGUGGCGCUGGAUCCCCAGAAACUGCCCUCUCCCGCAAUUGGAUCCGCUCAAGUUUCUCGAGACCUAUAGAGAUACUAACAUUGGUAUUCUCUCACCUGGGCCUUAUUUGGUUUCUGGGAAAUUUGGGAAAGCAGGGACCUUACGAAUGUUUAGCAGUGCAGGGUUCAUUGGCGAUUCCUUGAAUAGGAAUAUGUUUGUUUCUUUAUUCUGCACUCUGAAACGGGUGUCGAGUGAAGUGAAGAAGUGGCGUCCUGCUGGGGCUGAUCGGGGGUUUACGUUUCUUCAGUAUAAUCUCACCAUUGCAUAUCAUCGAACCAAUCUUUUGGUCCGUUACGGUAGGUGGUCAGCUAGUGAUAGUGGUGGAGAGUUAGAAACUCUUGGAUUCAAAGAGGGUUAUAGAGUUGAUGUUGAUGUUCCAGAGGGCACAUGGGCAAAAGCUCCAAGCUUCCAUGAUAUUGUAAUCUUCAACACAGGACACUGGUGGUUUGCUCCUUCAAAAUUUGAUCCUGUGAAGUUCCCCAUGCUUUUCUUUGAAAAUAAUCUCCCGGUGAUCCCUCCCAUACCUCCUGAUGUUGGUCUGGUGAUGGCUUUGAAGAACAUGAUACUGUUUGCGGAGAGAGGCUCAAGACCAGGGACAAUUAAAUUUUUUCGCACACAAUCACCUAGGCAUUUUGAAGGAGGUGACUGGAACCAAGGUGGUUCUUGCCAACGGUUACAACCUAUGUUGCCAGAGCAAGUUGAAGAACUCUUCUCAUUAAAGAAUAACGGGACAAAUGUGGAGGCACGCAUGGUGAAUCAACACCUAUUCCAGGCCCUUGUGGAGUCUAAUUUCUAUGUUUUAGACAUCACCCGCAUGAGUGAGUUCAGAGCAGAUGCCCAUCCGGCCACUGCUGGUGGAAAGGAACACGACGAUUGCAUGCACUGGUGCCUACCAGGAAUUACAGAUACUUGGAAUGACUUGUUUGUAACCCAUUUGAAUGAUAUCAAGAUUAGAAAUUGAUACACCACUAAUGAUAUCCUUCAUGAGAAUGUAUUCUCCCACUGUUUUGAAGCCAUUUGUCUCAAUCUAUUAGAAACUGUAUUCUACCAUUAAAAUUUUAGACUCCCU